AUGGUGGAUUACGGUGGUGAAGCCAUGGAAGCCGCUUUCCUCAAGGUCAUCUAUCUCAUGAUAUUGAACACGUAUGCACUAUACCAUACCCAUGAUAUCAUGGUCCAGGUCGCGCAGGCCGGCCAGAUCGUGAACUUUUCCGAUUAUGCAAUCGCCUUCGAGGCUGCAGUGAACAACAUACAGUCCAAGAAAUCCAGGGAUUUUGCCCUGCGGCAUGUUCAGAUGGCCUUGCUUGUCUUUUGCGGCAAAGGCUCAACAGCCAUUUUGGGAGCUUCGUCUGCAUGGGAUGACUGGUGUGGCGAAAACAGAAGGCAACAAAAUGCAGGAGCUGCUGCAAGUAUGGUAUGCUGGGAAUGGCCCGUUGAAAAGGCUCUCUCUCGCGGAUGGAUGGGAUAUCAAGCCUUGGAGAUCUGUCCGCUCGUGUUUGCAGACGAGAUCAAGCAAUUUGUUACCCAAGAAAGACAUCGUUUCAACGAGCUUCAGAAGAGGACAAGAUCAAUUGCAAGUUUGACCGAGAGCAAAGCAGCUCACCUGGAGUUGGAGUCUGUUGUGAACGAGAGAGACAAUGGUCGCAUUCGUCUUUGCGAGGUUUUGAAUGAGGCCAUUCAAAAGCUUCUGAGACUGAUUGAGAAUGAAGAAGAUGAACCUGAUCAAGUGGAGGCACAAACCGAUGCAAUGAUGCAGGCCCGAGAUGGAAUGGACCAUUAUUCUGCGGUGCGAGCUGCCUGGAUGGAAGCAGGGGUGAUGUUGAGUGGUAUGGGAGAGAAAUCCAAUCAUGAGAUUAGUUUUUCGAAUCGCAUAGCGAUUGAGGCAAUUGAAGCUUACGAGGAAUGGUGCAAGGUGUGUGCGUUGGACCAAAUUGCAGGAAAUACGGAUGAAGCAAUUCAGAUGCUGGAAACUACAAUAGCGCAGAAUGCUAUUGCUUUGAUGAGCCUGAAUGAGGAAUCUCAAAGUACCCAAGCAUUAUCCACGUUGCUCCCUUAUGAGCCCAGCAACAAUUUGCUUUUUCCCAAGGCUACAAACUGUGACUGCAAUGGAAAACCUGGAUCAAAUGAAGACGACAAGUCUGAAAAUAUGAAGAGCGGAGAUUUGGCAGAUCCAGACGGAUCUGUUGUCAAAAGGAAGCAAGACGCGAUCGUCAAGAUCAGAGACGUGCAGGAGCAAUACGAAAUUGCAAACGAAGAGUUGGAGGAAGCGAUUCUCAAAACUAAAGGAAAACGAGCGAUGAGACGAGGUCUGGACCUAGAUGAGCUCCGAGCCGAUGUCGCUUCAAAGAGACGUUUAGCACAUGAUGCCGCAAGAGCCGUCGAAAAUGCCAUUGAAGAAUUGACGAAAUCUUCCUAUGACUUUCCAGAGGUUGUUCGUCAUCUCAGAGCCGGCCUACCAAAGGAGCUGAUGCCAGUGUGGCAACCAUCAAAGUCUCUCUCGUACUUUGAGAGUUGCUCCAUCAUUGAGACGGAGUCAAGGCAUCGCGUGUAUCAGGUCCUUGAGGAUGGGAAGAUGUACGCGAUAAAGGAAUUCAUGCUUCAUGAUGAAGGGUCUCUGAGAACAUGCAUGCGUGAAGCGGCGCUCUUACGAAGACUGAGACACCCAGCCAUUGCUGAGAUCAUAUCCGUCUUCGAAGAAUCUGAACCCACUCGUCACUCGAUCUUCAUCCAGAUGCCUUUCUAUCACUUUGGCCCUCUGGAUGCUUGGAUUCGACAUCAUGACCCUAGAUAUUUGAGUGUUCGUCGUGCUUUGCUUGACGUGUUGAUGGCGUUGGAGCACCUCCAUGACAAUAAUGUGGUUCACUGCGACGUGAAACCCGCGAACAUCUUGAUCGGAGCAGAAGAAAGAGCAAGACUCGCAGACUUUGACAUCUCUGUCGAUUGUUUUGAAGCACCGGAACUGUUUGAGACGGGCUCGUCCAAGGCAACCGACAUGUACGCGUAUGGACAAACGAUAGCGCUUGAGGUCGUUCUCAAUGCUUGCCUUGAACAGCCGAGUGAGGUGGACGAGCACAAGGAAGAGCCGAGCGAGCUGAAGGCAGAUGAAGUCAUCUCCCAUGAGGAGAUGAACCAGUUCGAUUGCGACAGUCACUCCGACCUUCAGUGUCUGCAAGAUCUGAUCAGCGGUCUGAGAACCGCGGUUGUGAGAGAGAGACUGUCAGCCAAGGACGCGCUCAAGCAUCCCUUCUUUCUGUCCGUGACCUCAAAAUGCCAGGAGAAGACCCACGCGUGUUGUAUCGGAGCGAGCGAUCAAUGUGUAGAUCGCAACCUCUCCUUAGAGGUCGGCAUUGAAUGUCAGGAAGGACACUUCACUUGCAGGUACCUCUCCGCUCGGCUGGAUCUGCUGGAGUCGCAGAGGAGGUUGGAGAUCGAAGAAGAGAUGCAGAAGCAGAUGGAGGCAGAGCUGAAGAGGCUGCUGCUGAUGGAGGAGAAGCAGAGGCAUGUCCUGGCUGCAAGGACUCACAUCGAGGAGGACAUCUUACAGACCAGGUGCCCGAACCCCUCCUGCCGGCAAGUCUACUAUGACUUCGAGGGAUGCUUUGCUCUCCGAUGCCUCAGGUGUGGUGUUGCGAUAUGCGCGUGGUGCGGGUUGGACUGCGGAGCGGACGCUCAUCAUCAUGUUGCCAACUGCGUGGAGAAGCCAGCAGGAGCAGACGUGUUCUUCGGCACCUCCGAGCAAUAUCAGCGAGCUGUACAUGAUCGCUGUGUGCGCAAACUGCAGAACUUCAUGCAAACACUGCAGCCGGCAGUAGCCGAGGGUGUGCUGGAAGUUCUUCGGCCUCUUCUCAAAGAUCGUCUGCCGGGGUUUGCAAGGAUCUACGGCCUCUGA